AUGUUGUGGUUGAACGUGCAUUAUCCACUUCGAAACGUUUUACAGCUCAAUGAUUUCAAGAAUGUUCGUCUCACGGGACCACAAACGAUUCUGUUGGAUAGCACCACAAUGAGCUCGAUUAAGUCCUACCUCGACUUCUUUGCUAAUACACUUGGAGAGCAGCCAAGUAAGCUACUAUGGAGCAUGUUCAAUCAACAACCAGGUGAGUAUGCUUAUACGAAUUUAAGCAAUAGCUUUAGUCAAGUUCUGUCGAAGCACUUCAUGAAGUACAAUGGAAAGCAAAUGUCAAUGAAUAUGAUCCGGCACAUUGCUGAGUCUCGUUUGAUUCAAUCGCCAGCUUAUGCUGAACUUGCCAAUCGCGAGAUGAACGAACUACACGCCAAACUACUGCACAGCACCAUGGCUGCUAACAUGAGCUACAACAAGAUUGCAAACCGAGCGAUGCUUCCGGACAGACCUAAAGACCGUCGGGGGCGGAUAUUCCAUGGUGCUUUCACAUCUAUUGGCAGCGGCAAGACGCUUGAGAUUGACAUCUUUGAGGAAUAA